GUGGCACGCACCUGGCCGCUGGGUGCUCUCAGCUCUCGAAUCUCGAUAGCUAUUGCUUUUCUUUCUAAUUUUCUUCUUCUGACAAAAAAACAAAAAAACGGAUCAUCAUCUAAUCUAUUCUGAUCGCGGCACCCACCCCACCCACGGCCGGGUCACUCUCUUCCCCUCCCCAUUCUCCUUCGAGCUAGGGUUAGGGUUUGCUUCGCGUUCCCUGGGAAAUUGAUCUAAUCGGUCCUCACCGAUCCAUCCGUUCAUCGAUUAAGUUUCCACCACCUCUCGACAUCAUCAAUCUCGCCGCCUCUAUUUCAUUUCCUUUUUUUCUUUUCUUGAUGAGAUAGAGAGUGGGAAGUAAUAAAAGGGAAAAGCUAGCAAGGGGAUUUCUUGAUCCCAUCAUCGUGCUGCAAAUCCUUUAAAUUCGAACAAGGAGGAGGAGGAAGAAGAAGAGAGCAAGCCCAUGGAUCCCAGCCAGAUGAUGUUCCCCAUCUGGGGGGCGCCCCCUCCCGUCGCCUUGCAGCCACCCUCCGAGGACCACGCCGCCGCCCCCAGCGCGCAGGCGCAGCCCUUCCUCGCCCCUCCCAAUCCCAACCGUGGCUGGAAGCGCAAGAAUCCCGCCGCCGCCUACCAGCCACCGGCCCUCGGCGAUCUCCAGGUGCAGAACCGCGCCAAGGCUCGCCGCUGGUUCAAGAACAACAACAACGGUGGCGGCGGCGGCAACCCCAACCCCAACCAAACCCGCAAGUAUUUCUUCCCCAAGAACAAAAACAACAAGGCCGCCGCGCCGCGCAACACCACCUCCUUCAUCAUCCGGGCCAAGCGCGCUGGCGGCAUUGCCUCCCUCGUCUCCCCGUGUCCCGUCACGCCCGCCGUGCUCCCCACCCCGCGCCUCUCCCCUUCCCGCGAGGGUCUCGCUGACAUGGCCCAGGCGCAGUGGGGCGUAGAUGGGUACGGCUCCAUGAAGGGCCUCAUCCGCCUACGUAGCUCCCCCCAGCCAGCCAACCCCAACGCUGCCGCAUCUGAUGACGAUGACGAGGGGAACUCAAGUGGAAGCGAUGUCGAGGAGCACGUCGAGGUGGAGCGACGCCUUGACCAUGACCUCAGCCGCUUUGAGAUGGUGUACCCUGGUAGAGGGGAGGAUGCUGGGGGCUACGUAUUGGAGGACGAGGACGAGUAUGACCAGGAUGCGCAUGUCGCUCGCCUCGAGGAGGAGAACCUGACUCUAAAGGAGAGGCUCUUCUUGAUGGAGCAAGAGGUUGGUGACAUGAGGCGCCGCCUAGAGGUUCUUGAGGCGCGAUUUUCGCUAGGUGGUGGUAUCGGAGGUGGACAGAAUGAAGUGGAGGAAGCUCCUCCUCAGAAUGAUGCAGAGAGGAUCCAUAUCGGCUCAGAGAAUAGCAGCAAGGAUGAUGUAGAGAGGGUUCGUGUGGGAUCCGAGAAGCGCAGAGCACAAGCUCAGAGUGCCAUGGGUCCGGACGAUACCGAGGAGCAGGGUGCUGUGCGUUCAGAGAAGUCUGGUGGAAAUGAUGCAGGUGAGCAGGAUGGUGUUGGUGUUUUGGAGAAGAUUGACGUGCAAGAUGCCGAGAAGCAGCAGGAUGCUGCGGGUUCAGAGAAGACUGGUGGUGCAGAUGAGCAUGAUUUCGUUGUUGGUGUUUUGGGGAAGACUGGCGUGCACAAUGCAGAGAAGCAGCAGGGUGUUGUGGGUACUGAGAAGACAGGUGAGCACACUGCAGAGAUGGUUGAUUCAGUGUUAGAGGAUAAGAUGGAUGAGGACAAUGUUGAGGGUGAAGUUAGGCUCGCACAGCUUCGCAGUGAAGAUUGACGUGAGAUGGACAAGAAAGGUAGCUCAGUACUGGUUAUUGGUGCUGUACAUACUUGUCAAUGAAGGAUUGAAGGGAUGCGAGCGACAUUGAAUGGACUCAGCUUUUGGAGACUGUCAUGUUGCUUAAUAUGAAUCAUGAUAUAUUGACAAUGUAAUAUGUUUUCUGUCCAGUUUCCAAUUUGUUUUUCUUGUUACUACAACUUGUUAUGAUGAUCUCAAAGUGGCAGACAUGGAGGAAAUAACUGAGAUGAUGAAUUUGUUAUAAUCACUGUCCCGGAUGGGUUGGUUUUC